AUGGGACAUUGGCGCCACCUACUGUUGAAAAAGUCACCCUGCAACAUUCACAAAGGGCAAGGGAUUCUGGGUAAUCCUCAGAAUAAUGGAGGAUUCCUGCGAGGCCUGUCUUUUCAAUUUUCACAUGGCCUCCAGCCCCAGUUUGCCUUCUUUCAAACACCAAAGACCUGGUCUGAAGCACAGAGCAUCUGCAGGGAGCAAUGUUUAGACCUGGCCACCAUUAAUGACAUGAGAGAGAUGAAAAUUGUACUUGAAGCUGUCGGAGAUAAAUAUGAUGAUGCUGUGUGGAUUGGCCUUUCAAAAGGCACGACCCUCAGGUGGCACUGGUCUCUGGCAGACGACGACUUCUACAAAGAGGGAGAAAGAAAUUACUUGUUGUGGAGCUCAGAAACGAGUGGCAACUGUGCAACUUCCAGCAAUGGGAAACUGAAUAUGUUGACCUGUGGCAACCAAAAAUAUUCAGUUUGCUUUGAUGCGAGACAACAAGGUGCAGAUCAGUACAUCCUUAACACACAACGCAUGGUUUGGACUGCUGCUCGGGAUUUCUGCAGAGCACACUACACAGACCUGACCAGUCUAAGGAAUGAUGCUGAGUACCAGAUAGUCCAGCAAGUAGCCAAUGGCAAUGAAGUGUAUGUUGGUCUCUUCAGAGACCCCUGGGUGUGGUCAGGCCAGACUGACUCCUCAUUUAGAUACUGGAACCCAGACAUGCUUGUUCGGACUGAUGACACCGAAAACUGUGUUGCUAUGUUGAAGGUAAAAUCUGGUAAAUGGGGAGACAGGGCAUGUACAGAAACAUAUCCAUUCGUUUGUAACUGCAUAGGGAACAAGCUGAGUUUCAUUAAACUGAGGAUCAGCCCACAAGACUCAAUGCUGGAUCUAAGUAAUCCUUCGGUGCAAGCAGACAUCCUGGAGCAAACAUCUAAAGGCCCUCCAGAGUGCGAGAGCCCAAGGAGGACCACUGGAGGGGCAGCCACGCCACCCUCCUGGAACGGCCUGAGGAGAUCCUCAGACUGGGCAUCACCCAGCAGCCGCGGCGCUAAAGCUACAGGGAGCUGCGGCAACGUGCCGCUCUGCCAGCUGCGCCAGAGCGGACUGAGCCCCGGGACCAGAGGAAAGAAAAAAGGUGCUGCGCAGUAUAUUCUCAGUUCAGCAACAAUGGGUUGGAGUGAGGCUCAGAACUACUGCAGAACCAACCACACAGACCUGACCAGUGUGAGGAAUGAUGCAGAGCAUCAGAUAAUUCAGAAUCUAGCUAAUGGUAUGGAUGUUUGGAUUGGACUAUUCAAAGACCACUGGGAGUGGUCUGACCAGAGUAACUCCUCACUGAGAUACUGGCCAGUAGAGCAGAAAAUUUGGAAUGAAGAAACUGAACGCUGCGGUGCUUUGUUGAAGAAUGAAUCUGGUAAAUGGGGGCAACUGCCAUGUUCUAACAAAUACCCAUUCUUCUGUGCCUGUAAGGCCAAAGAAACCAUAGUCAAAGUGAUUAAAGUGAGAAUCAGCCUGCAAGACUCUGGGCUGGAUCUAAAUAACUCUACCAUACAAGAGAACAUCUUGAAGCAACUAAAGGCUGCAACUGGAGCUAACAUAAGUCUGAAGUGGAGAAAGCAAUCCAGUGGAAAGGUUUUCAUCAAAGAGAUUCCCUAA